AUGCGGAAGAGCUGGGCCUGCUGGAGCGGAAGUGACGCUUCCGUAGGCUGUAGCAGCGGCUGCGGCUGCGGGAGAAGGAGGAGGAGGAGCCGGAGGAAGAGGGCUGCCUCUGAAGAAAGAAGAAUGGCGUUCAGCAAAGGAUUUCGAAUCUACCACAAAUUGGAUCCCCCACCGUUCAGCCUCAUAGUGGAAACUAGGCACAAGGAAGAAUGUCUCAUGUUUGAGUCUGGGGCUGUGGCUGUGCUCUCAUCUGCAGAAAAAGAGGCAAUUAAAGGUACAUACACCAAAGUAUUGGAUGCGUAUGGACUUUUGGGAGUUUUACGAUUAAAUCUUGGUGAUACCAUGUUGCAUUAUCUGGUCCUAGUCACUGGAUGUAUGUCUGUUGGGAAAAUUCAGGAAUCUGAAGUUUUCCGAGUUACUUCCACUGAGUUUAUAUCACUUCGAGUUGAUGCUUCAGAUGAGGAUCGCAUUUCUGAAGUACGAAAGGUUUUGAACUCAGGAAACUUUUAUUUUGCGUGGUCCGCAUCUGGAGUCAGCUUAGAUCUGAGUCUGAAUGCACAUCGCAGCAUGCAAGAGCUCACAACUGAUAAUAGGUUUUUCUGGAAUCAGUCUUUGCAUUUGCAUCUCAAGCACUAUGGCGUGAACUGUGAUGAUUGGCUGUUGCGCCUCAUGUGCGGAGGAGUAGAGAUUAGGACAAUUUAUGCUGCCCAUAAACAGGCAAAGGCUUGCCUCAUUUCAAGACUAAGCUGUGAACGAGCCGGGACAAGGUUUAAUGUCCGGGGAACAAAUGAUGAUGGUCAUGUUGCCAAUUUUGUAGAAACAGAGCAGGUUAUAUACUUAGAUGACUGUGUUUCUUCCUUCAUACAAAUCCGAGGAUCUGUUCCAUUGUUCUGGGAGCAGCCAGGGUUGCAAGUGGGAUCCCAUCGUGUUCGUAUGUCGAGGGGAUUUGAAGCCAAUGCACCUGCUUUUGACAGGCAUUUCCGAACACUUAAGGAUUUGUAUGGCAAACAAAUAGUAGUAAAUUUGCUUGGCUCUAAGGAAGGUGAACACAUGCUGAGUAAGGCUUUCCAGAGUCAUCUGAAAGCCUCUGAACAUGCCUCUGAUAUCCACAUGGUGUCCUUCGACUAUCAUCAAAUGGUUAAAGGAGGAAAGGCAGAGAAAUUACACAGUGUUCUGAAACCACAAGUCCAGAAGUUUCUAGAUUAUGGAUUUUUUUAUUUCGAUGGCAGUGAAGUUCAAAGGUGCCAGACUGGUACAGUUCGGACAAACUGCUUGGAUUGUCUGGAUAGAACAAAUAGUGUGCAAGCAUUCCUUGGUUUAGAGAUGCUAGCUAAACAGCUGGAUGCCCUGGGUUUGGCUGAAAAGCCCCAGUUGGUGACACGCUUUCAAGAAGUUUUCCGGUCCAUGUGGUCUGUGAAUGGCGAUUCAAUCAGUAAAAUAUAUGCAGGCACCGGAGCCCUUGAAGGGAAGGCCAAGUUAAAAGACGGUGCUCGCUCUGUUACCAGAACCAUUCAGAAUAACUUCUUCGACAGCUCCAAGCAAGAAGCCAUUGACAUUUUGCUCCUGGGAAAUACUCUAAACAGUGAUUUAGCUGACAAAGCCCGAGCACUUCUAACUACUGGAAGUUUGCGUGUUUCUGAACAGACAUUACAGUCAGCAUCUUCCAAAGUCUUAAAGAACAUGUGUGAGAAUUUCUACAAGUAUUCAAAACCCAAGAAGAUUCGAGUAUGUGUUGGAACCUGGAAUGUGAACGGUGGAAAGCAGUUCCGCAGCAUAGCAUUUAAGAACCAGACACUCACGGACUGGCUUCUUGAUGCUCCCAAGUUAGCUGGCAUCCAGGAGUUUCAAGAUAAAAGAAGUAAACCAACUGAUAUAUUUGCAAUUGGCUUUGAAGAAAUGGUGGAGUUGAAUGCUGGGAACAUUGUGAAUGCAAGCACAACAAACCAGAAGCUGUGGGCAGUGGAGCUGCAGAAGACCAUCUCCAGAGACAACAAGUACGUUCUGCUGGCUUCAGAGCAGUUGGUGGGUGUCUGCCUGUUCGUUUUUAUCAGACCACAACAUGCUCCUUUUAUCAGGGAUGUUGCAGUUGAUACUGUGAAGACUGGGAUGGGAGGUGCAACUGGAAAUAAGGGAGCAGUUGCAAUUCGAAUGCUCUUCCAUACUACCAGCCUUUGCUUUGUCUGUAGCCACUUUGCUGCAGGGCAGUCACAAGUCAAAGAGAGAAAUGAAGAUUUUGUAGAAAUAGCACGAAAAUUGAGUUUUCCUAUGGGAAGGAUGCUGUUUUCCCAUGACUAUGUAUUUUGGUGUGGUGAUUUCAACUAUCGAAUUGAUCUUCCUAAUGAAGAGGUUAAAGAGCUCAUAAGACAGCAAAAUUGGGAUUCUCUUAUAGCUGGAGACCAACUCAUCAAUCAGAAAAAUGCAGGGCAGAUUUUUAGAGGAUUUUUAGAGGGAAAAGUAACAUUUGCUCCAACCUAUAAAUAUGACUUGUUUUCUGAAGACUAUGACACCAGUGAGAAGUGCCGUACCCCUGCGUGGACAGACCGUGUCCUCUGGAGGAGGAGGAAGUGGCCUUUUGACAGAUCAGCUGAAGAUUUAGAUCUUCUGAAUGCUAGUUUUCAAGAUGAAAGCAAAAUCCUUUAUACAUGGACCCCUGGCACCUUGCUGCACUAUGGGAGAGCUGAGCUGAAGACGUCUGACCAUAGGCCCGUCGUUGCCCUGAUUGAUAUAGAUAUCUUUGAAGUUGAAGCUGAAGAGAGACAAAAAAUUUAUAAAGAAGUCAUUGCAGUCCAGGGUCCACCAGAUGGCACAGUGCUGGUCUCAAUCAAAAGUUCUGCACAAGAAAAUACUUUUUUUGAUGAUGCUUUGAUUGAUGAGCUUCUGCAGCAGUUUGCACACUUUGGGGAAGUUAUACUCAUAAGAUUCGUAGAAGAUAAAAUGUGGGUAACAUUUUUGGAGGGAAGCUCUGCCUUGAAUGUUCUGAGCCUAAAUGGUAAAGAGUUAUUAAAUCGGACUAUAACAAUUACUUUAAAAAGUCCAGACUGGAUUAAAAAUUUGGAAGAAGAGAUGAGUUUAGAGAAAAUCAGUGUCACGUUGCCCUCGUCAACAAGCUCCACCCUGCUUGGUGAAGACGCAGAGGUUGCAGCAGACUUUGACAUGGAAGGUGAUGUCGAUGACUACAGUGUUGAAGUAGAGGAGCUUCUUCCUCAGCAUCUACAGCCAUCCACAAGUUCUGGCCUUGGCACUUCUCCAAGCUCUUCACCCCGGACCAGUCCCUGCCAGUCACCUACAGUUCCCGAGUACUGUGCACCCUCUCUUCCCAUCAGACCCAGCCGAGCGCCAGCAAGAACUCCAGGGCCUCUGAAUUCACAGAGUUCGCCAGUGGACCCUCAGACAGCAGCCCAGAAGGAUUCUUCCCAGACCUUAGAGCCCAAGAGGCCACCCCCUCCCCGCCCAGUUGCUCCUCCAGCACGUCCUGCCCCACCGCAGAGACCACCUCCACCUUCAGGGGCUAGGAGUCCUGCACCUGCUAGAAAAGAAUUUGGAGGUGUUGGAGCCCCUCCCAGUCCUGGGGUAGCUAGGAGAGAGAUGGAAGCGCCCAAAAGCCCAGGAACAACACGGAAAGAUAAUAUAGGGCGUAACCAGCCUUCCCCUCAAGCAGGACUUGCAGGCCCAGGACCUGCUGGAUAUGGUACAGCCAGACCGACAAUUCCAGCUCGUGCUGGAGUGAUCAGCGCCCCUCAGAGUCAGGCUCGGGUAUCUGCCGGAAGGCUGACUCCUGAAAGCCAAAGCAAGCCCCCAGAGGCAUCAAAAGGUUCAGCUGUCCUUCCAGAACCGCUGAAGCCUCAGGCUGCUUUUCCUCUGCAGCCUUCUCUGCCCCCACCUGCUCAAAAGCUGCAGGAGCCUCUUGUCCCCAUGGCAGCACCCAUGCCUCCCUCUGGCCCCCAGCCAAAUUUGGAAACCCCACCACAGCCCCCACCUCGGAGCAGGUCGUCUCAGAGCUUGCCUUCUGACCCCUCACCACAGCUGCAAGUAAAAACAAAUGGAGUUUCUGGUAUCAAACAAGAACCAGCGUUGAAGAAUGACCCAUUUGAAGAUCUCUCACUUAAUCUGCUUGCUGUAUCAAAGGCUCAGCUGUCUGUUCAGAUGUCACCUGUCCUAACCCCAGACACAAAGAUGUUGAUUCAGUUGCCUUCUGCAUCGCAAAGUAAAGUUACCUCUUUGAGUUCUGUAAGUUGCAUGCCAACCAUGCCUCCAGUUCCAGCGCGAAACAAGUCACAAGAAAAUAUGGGGAGUUCUGCAAACCCAUUUCCCAGCCUGCCCAGCAGGAAUCCUUUUACAGACAGGACUGCCACCCCUGGAAACCCAUUUAGAGUUCCGUCUCAAGAAUCAGAGUCAACGUCUUGGCUAUCCAAAGAAGAGCCUGUUCCUAGCAGUCCUUUCCCUCCUCUCAUGCCUCUCAGUUGUGACACGAGCAAGCCUUCAAGUUCACUUGGUGGUUUUGAGGACAGUUUUGAUCUUCAGAGCCAGUCUGCAGUAAACACAAGCAACCCCAGAGGCUGGGUAACCUUUGACGAAGACGAUGGCUUUCCUACAACAGGAAAGUCAAAGUCACUUUAUCCAGACUUGCUGGGUAACGCACCAGCUUCAUUUGAUGAGGACUGGAGUAAAGGUACAGGUGUUUCUUUCUGUGUUUUGCCAGCCAGAAGACCACCGCCACCGCCGCCGCCUGUCCCUCUGCUCCCACCCAGCGCCAGCUCAUCUGCAGGACCUUGCACAACCCUGGCAUCUAAAGCAUCUCCCACAUUUGACUUCACAGAAAGAUAGUUAUGUGAUGGGAAGGAAGUUUUUGCUGGUUUGAUUUGGCUGUUUGCUUCUGUUUUGUCAGGGUAGAGCCAAGAGACUGGGGCAUUAGGUAUUCAUUAUGUGCAAUAAAUAAUCAUUAAGUGCACUGAUAUCUAAUCAAGUAUCACUAAAGGAUGUGGACAAAGCUGGAGCUUAUACAUCGGAAAUAACUGGAGUCUUGGUCUUUCUGUUCUGAUGAGUAGAAGAGAGCAGGAGCCAUUUAAAAAGUGCUUAAAACUACUUUAGAAAAUAGCCUUUACUCAGAAAUUCACAAAAAGCCCACACAUCUGUAGCUGACAGUACUGCCAGCUCAUUGUGGUGUUGACAAUUGGUAUUCAUGGAUAUUUACCAAAGAUCUUCCAGAGUUAUGGUGAAACAGGUCUGAAAGGCACUACCUUCAGCAAAAAGGUCUAUGUGUGUAUACAUUAUGUGUGCACUUCUGUAUGUAUGCACACACAUAUAAAUGCAUACAUUUACACAUUUAUAAAACUUAAGAUAUAAUUCAGAUCAAAUUUUACCUCACAGCUCUGACAAUGUCCUUUCUUCAACAUCUCAUUAUCAAAAAGAUGCUGCCAGCCAGCAUGCUUUGGAUGCUUCUACUAAUUGUACAUCCCAAAGUAGAGUAGUCACUUUACAGAACAGACAUUUCCUGUUCUUCUCCACCUUACCCUUCACACUCACCCUCACGGUACCUUCUUCCCUGUACCUAUAUUAUGCCUUUCUCUGGGGUUUACGCUUGGCAGUACAGACGUUGUGGUCAGUCAUGUGGACACAUACGCAAACAGUAGGCACAUGCCACCAAGUUCACCGGACAAUAUUGGAGCUGAUGGGCUCUCUUCUCUCUGUGUGGCCCUCUCCCUGCCAUACCCUUCUAUUGCCGCUUUGCCCUGGAGCUCUGCUUUCAGCAGGGAAGGCAGCUGUGGAGUGCUCUGAAUUGGGAACAUGACCCAUGUGUGUUCUCUCCCAUGUCAGAGGUACAGAACACAUCUGAUGCUGCUUUAAGGUUUAGAGGCUAUACCUCAAUUUAGCUGUGGAUUUUGUCUCCUGCACUGCCAGUAUGCAAUUGAUUUUGCUUUUAUUUUGUGAAGUACAUGGACUUUUUACAAAAAAAAAAAAAUCAAAAAAAAAAAAAAAACAACAACAACAAAAAAACCCCAUAGUAUUUUGAUAUCAUUAAGUAAGCCAGACAGAAAACUCCCUAAGCUACUAUUUGGUUGGUUGUCAGUUGAAGUUAAAAUCAUCCUUACCAUUAAGACUUAAUUUUUUUAAAUAUAUAAAAAAGUUAUGUGCAUACACCGAAGUUCCUCCGUCCACAUGAACCUGAAGAUGUGUAGUGUGAGAUUAGAAAGAAUUUAUGGCUGCCAUCACCUCCUUAUAGGACCACAGUAGACUGCGUUGCACUUGUAUCGUAGAGCAGAACUGUUAGGACAGAGCACCUUCGCAAAUGAUCAAUGUUAUCAAAACACUGUAUUUAUAGAAGACACCCUCUGCUGCAGCCAGAACUCACUGUUAGCAGUAACACCCGUGAGUUUUAUAUUGUGCUUGUUGGGGUUCUAACCAUUUCAGCAGUAGUAGCUUUUAAACUGCAGUAUUACAAUAGCAGUGUGCUUCAAAAUGUGAAUUAACUUGUUGAGAUUGUGGCUGUAACAUCUGUGUGACUAGUGUGUAAGGUAUCUGCUCCCCAUUAGCAAGCUAAUCCAUCUUAGAAAACUGUAGUGCAGAUCGUAGCCCUGAGCAGUGUCUCACUUGGUUAAACCACUGGAAGUCUGCAGAGCAGCAGCUCAGCCUGUCAAGAGGUCUGGCCCACUGCUGAAAGGCACAAAGGAAGUUAAAGUUUGCUACAAAGAACUUGAAAUUGUGUGUGAGUAUUUACCAGCUCUGGUCAAAACAGAGCCAAAAAUAGACACUAAGAAUCUCUGUGAGUUUCUGUUCUCUAUAGUAGAUUGCUGUUUAUAUGUAUGUAAGAGUUUUAUUGCUUAUGUGGCAUACAGUAUUUAUAACUAUAUACUUUAUAGAAGUACAGUAUUAAAAGUCAGUGGUAUACAUUCUGUACAUAUCCUGUGAAAUGUGCUGUUAUAUGGAAUAAACAUAUCUGUCU